AUGCGGUGGUCUCUACUUGCGCUGGCCGUCGGCGCCCUGGCCAAAGACAACGACGAGACUACCACCGACACCAUCACCAGCGCCUCCAGCACCAUCACAGGGUCUUCCGCGUCGCUGAACUGGUCCGAUGCCUCGACCAUCACCAACGGUAGCGUCUAUGUCCCAUCCGGGACCUACCUGACCUACACCUCAGUCGUCACCCUGGGCAAUGGCGACCACUCGACGGUCGUUUCCUCGUCGCUCAGCGGCAAUGCGACAACGACCGGCAACCAGACCAUCCUCACCACCUCGUCCAACUCUCUGACCGUGCUGGUCGGCAGCGGCGGCACCACCACCAUCAGCAACAACAGCAUGAAUGCGACGGCGACACAUGCCUCGACCUCGUCGACUCCCACGCAGACAAAUACCACGCCUUGCAACGGCUACAGUGAAUUCUGCAUGCGCAAUUAUUCCAACAUCACCAAUGUCGCCGCCCACAACAGUCCGUUCGUGGUCCCGGGCAACGCCGCCUCCAACCAGGCCCUCGGUGUAACCGACCAGCUCAAUGACGGCAUUCGCAUGCUCCAAUUCCAGACCCACAAUAAGAGCGGCGAGAUCCAUCUCUGCCACACCAGCUGCGACAUUCUCGACGCCGGCACUUUGGAAGCCUACUUGACAAAGGUCUACCAAUGGAUGUUGAAGAAUCCCUACAAUGUCGUGACCUUCAUGAUGGGCAACGGCGACUACCUCCCACCAUCGGCAUUCGUGGACCCGAUCGAGAAGUCUGGCCUGAAAUCCCUCAUUUACACUCCGACGAAGGUCCCAAUGACGCUCGACGACUGGCCCACACUGUCCGAAAUGAUUCUGCACAACCAGCGCGCCGUAUUCUUCAUGGAUUAUCAAGCCAAUGAAACUGCCGUCCCCUGGAUCAUGGAUGAGUUCUCACAGAUGUGGGAAACGCCGUUCUCGCCGACGAACCCUGCAUUCCCCUGCACGGCACAGCGGCCCCCGGGACUGAGCCGGAAGGAUGCGCUGAACCGCAUGUACAUGGCGAAUCACAAUCUUAACCUGCAGCUGAACUUUGGCUCGCUCAGCUUGUUGAUUCCCAACACGGCGGACAUGGUGGAAACGAACAGUGCCGAUGUCAAUACAUCCGGCAGCCUGGGUAAGAUGGCGGCGAACUGUACCGCGAAAUGGGACCGCCCGCCCAACUUUCUCCUCGUCGACUACUACAACUACGGCAAGCCGAACGGCUCCGUCUUCGAGGUCGCCGCCGAGAUGAACAACGUCACUUGGAACGGCAAGUGCUGCGGUUCCAAGUCGGCCGCCGCACACAUGUCUGUCGCGAGUGUCUCUACCAUGGCCCUCGUGGCCGCAGGUGUACAGUUUGUCCUGUCGGUCUUCUAA